UUGGGUGUAAGUCCCCUCCUUCGAAUAAGCUGUAUUGGCAUGUGCCUGAUACAUACACUGAGAAGCGGCCUGCCAUCACCUUUCGUCACAACCGUCACAACAACAUCAGCAUCAAGCAGCAUCCAUUAGCAUCCCGACUUCGAAACAGAGUUCCAUCAAAUUCUACUGGUUCCAAUGACGGUUCUAUUCCUUGGAUGGUGGAGUCAGGCAAUGGUGUGGACUUCUCUCCUUUGAUGCGACAUCCAAGUGAUCCUACUUGUUUUGAAGACUACGUCUAUCGCGAUAAACCGAUGAUAGGCCUGCAAGUCACCACGUUCAACGACGCGACUUUGGUAUCAGUAGGCUUCUCUCACAUCAUGUGGGACUGCAUGGGGCUUAAAGAUCUCUUUGACGCAUGGUCUCUCACUCUACAGGGACGCCAUGGCGAGGUCAUCCCGUUGAUUGGGACCGAUCCUCUUGGAUCUUUCGGUACCUCACCUGAGUCAUCCAAGACGAUAUCAAAGGACGACGCAAGCAAGUCAGCAGCAUCCACUUUCCCUCCCGAGCAAUACCAGCACAUCAAAAGACAACUUGGAGUUGUUCAACUCGUUACGCUAGGUCUUCGGCAAGCAAUCGACAAGCUUCUAAACAGAAACGCGCUUGAAGAGUUCAGGACAGUAUGUGUGCCCGCAGCAUAUGUCAAGUCUUUGCGCAAAGACGCACUACAAGCUCUCAACGCCGAGACUGCUGGUUUGUCCAGCCUUCAAAAGCUGGAGAAGGGCCAUAAGUCUCAAUUUACUCCGAAUGCCACGUUUCUGAGUGAUGGCGAUGUGCUUUGUUCAUGGUGGACACGCAACAUCAUCAACUCGCGCAUUCGCAAUCCCACCAAGAGCCGCAAAACCAUUGCUGUCCUAAACAUGAUGGGUCUGCGUGGCGUUCUGGCACAAGCAGGACGAUUGCCCGAGAAAGGUGCACUGGUUGGUAACGCAAUCUUGCCUAUUCCUGCCCUACUGCCCACGCGAGAUCUUGUUAGAAAAGGUCCACUGGGCUUUGGCCGUGUUGCAAAGGCACUGAGAGAGGCUAUCGCGCAGCUGAGCACGAGGCCGCAGGUUGAAGCUCUCUUAGCACUGCAGCGGCGUGCACAUGGGGAGGAGGUUGAUAAGAACGCCAACAAGAAAAAGCCGGGCAACGGCAAAGCUGGACUGCCUGCUCUCUUCGGCGAUGCGGGCAUGCACAUGGUUGUGUGUACUAACUGGACCAAAGCCGAGUUCUUCAACGUUGACUUCUCCGUCGCGGUGGUUGACGAGAUUGGUUGUGAUGGGCUCUUCGAAAAUGAGCGUGCUUGUCUAUCGGAGACUUCAUCCAAGGAUGCUGGCACUGACAGUGGCACUGCAAUGAAGAGCGCCAUGGGAUGUGAUGGACUCUGGGAGACUGAGCAUGCGUCACGUUCGUCUGUCGCUCUUCACACGGAUGCUGCUGUUGCUCCUCGUGUGGUAACAAAGCCGACUGGCGUUCACAUGCACUUAAUCACGGCAGGUACUCCUGCAUUUCUGAUGAGUAUAUUUACGAUCUUGGGCCGCGAUGCCAAGGGAGAUUACUGGAUCCAGGGAAUGCUGAGGAAAAAGUAUUGGGCUAAAAUUGAGGCUGCACUGAGCCAGAGAUGAAUGCUUCGAAGCAGAUAUAGGUUCCAUAAUAGACACUCCUAUGAAUUGGACGAAAGGCAGCCCGUGCAGUUGAGGUAUUGAAUUGUCAAGCGAAUGAAAGUUGAGAGAAAUACGAAUAGAGUAAGUGCACCUCAAUC